UACCCGUUUAAAGCAGUUGAAUAUAUUUGCAGCAACUGAAGGCACCGAGGCGGACACCAAGGGCGGCGAGUGUUGCUGUAGCGUCUCGACCUAAAGUUGCCAUCCUUUUCUUUUAGUCCCGGGACCCCUCCCCGGCUGCUGCUGCUGCUGAUCGGCUGCCUGGCUCUGCUGCUCCAUCGAGCGGCCGCAGUGUCUUGUGCAAUACCACUCCCCCGCCUCCCGGUUCUGUCUAAUAAGGAAGAAGAAGUUUGUGCGGAGAGCGAAGCUGAGCACAAGAGGUCCGCACGUCUUACAUGUUGUUCCUUAUUGGAUUAACUUGUGUUCUCGCCGUAAAUUGGGACGCUUUCAGCCGCUGAAUUCUCUUCCAAAACGUUUACUGAUUAAAAAGACCGAGGGGACAAGCUUGCUUCGCCUUUGCUGAGGAUGAACAGCGGCAGUAUUUACGCCAGCCGUAAGAGGCGAAAGCCAGUUCAGAAAAGUGUAAAAACCCCAGCCUCUGAAGGAGCAAAGUCAAAUCCAUCCAAAAGGCAUCGGGACAGAUUGAAUGCAGAGCUAGAGCGCCUAGCCAACCUCUUGCCCUUCCCACAGGAUGUUGUAGCCAAAUUGGACAAGCUGUCUGUUCUCCGCCUCAGUGUCAGUUAUCUCAGAGCUAAAAGUUUCUUUAAUGUCACUUUGAAACCAAAUGGGAAUGGCAUCCAUGGAAACAGUAUAGCACCUGAUCAAGGAGAGAAUCUUCAGGAGGGAGAACUUCUGUUACAAGCUCUCAGUGGGUUUGUACUGGUGAUUACGGCUGAAGGUUUAGUUUUUUAUGCAUCUUCUACCAUCCAGGAUUAUCUAGGGUUUCACCAGUCUGAUAUCAUCCACCAGAGUGUUUUUGAACUGAUCCACACAGAAGACAGAGCUGAAUUUCGCCAACAGCUUCACUGGGCUCUGAAUCCAGCUUCAACCCCUGAAUCAGGGCAGCUAGUUCCAGGUGAAAAUGGCCUUCCAUUACCAAUUAACCAUUACAGUCCUGAGCAGCUUCCUCCAGAAAAUUCACCAUUUUUGGAAAGGAACUUUGUAUGCAGGUUAAGAUGUCUCCUAGAUAAUUCCUCUGGAUUUUUGGCCAUGAAUUUCCAAGGCAGACUCAAGUUUCUUUAUGAGCAGAACAUGAAGGGAAAAGAUGGCUCAUGUAUCCCUCCACAGUUGGCUUUGUUUGCAAUAGCAACGCCACUGCAACCUCCGUCCAUCUUGGAGAUCCGAACCAAAAAUUUCAUUUUCAGAACUAAGCACAAGCUAGACUUCACACCAAUGGGCUGCGAUGCCAAAGGGAAGCUAAUCCUAGGUUACAGUGAGGCUGAAUUAUGUAUGCGAGGAAGUGGCUAUCAAUUUGUUCAUGCAGCUGACAUGAUAUAUUGUGCAGAAAACCAUGUCCGAAUGAUGAAGACAGGCGAAAGUGGAAUGACUGUUUUCAGGCUUUUGACCAAACAAAAUGGGUGGGCUUGGGUACAAGCAAAUGCACGAUUGGGAUACAAGAAUGGGAAGCCGGAUUAUAUUAUAGCUACACAAAGACCCCUUACGGAAGAAGAAGGGGAAGAGAAUUUGCGAAAACGAACCUUGCAGUUGCCUUUUAAUUUUGCAACUGGGGAAGCAUUGCUAUAUGAAGGAAAUUGUACAGUGCUUGGAUUAAUGGAUCCUGCAAUUCAUAAAAUCAAAGGAAAUGUUGUAAAAGUUGUAGCAGGACAAUCAAGAGGGCAUGAAUCUGUCGAUCCAAAUUCCCUUCUCGGUGCAAUGCUAAGCCAGGAUAAAUCAAUUUAUUUAUCUGCCCCUUCACAACUUCAGAAUUUUGGCUAUGAAAAGGCCAUUUUUAAUCAGAGCGAAGAAGCAGAAUCAAGUGACAUCUUUCCUAGUAAUUGGGAAGAAAUUCUAUUCGAUGAAGAUAAUAGUAAAGGGAAGAUGGAGCAUGCCAACUGUGCUCAGCAGCAAAAGCCUUUCCCUGCACCUGAAGAAAAUGUAGACGUUUUGGCAAAUAACAUUGGCAGUGAGCUUUAUAACACUAUGAAAACCCUUGACAUUGGGCUGGAAGACUUUGAUCUCAUAUGCCAGGACGAGACAUUCCUGAGAGUCCAUUGGGAUGAGACUGGAGAUAUUAAUAAUAUUGCACUGAAUGAGGAAAUUCUGACAUAUGUCCAGGAAUCACUGAAAAAGAGGCCAGACUGCAUGUAUUCAAGUUGCAUGCAACAGAAACCUCUUAAUUCAAGUUCAAGUUGCAUGAUGCAGCAACAACUUCCAACGCAACACUUUCAGCAGCAGCAACCUCCAGCACAACUUUAUCAGCAGCAAACGCAACAAUCUCAAAUGCAACAAUACCACCAGCAGCAACAACCUCCUACACAACAGUAUCAGCAGCAGCAACAACCUCUGACACAACCAUACCAGCAGCAGCAACAACCUCUGACACAACAGUACCAGCAGCAGCAACAACCUCUGACACAACAAUACCAGCAGCAGCAACAACCUCUGACACAACAGUACCAACAGCAGCAACAACCUCUGACACAACAGUACCAGCAGCAGCAACAACCUCUGACACAACAGUACCAGCAGCAGCAACAACCUCUGACACAACAGUACCAGCAGCAGCAACAACCUCUGACACAACAGUACCAGCAGCAGCAACAACCUCUGACACAACAGUACCAGCAGCAGCAACAACCUCUGACACAACAGUACCAGCAGCAGCAACAACCUCUGACACAACAGUACCAGCAGCAGCAACAACCUCUGACACAACAGUACCAGCAGCAGCAACAACCUCUGACACAACAGUACCAGCAGCAGCAACAACCUCUGACACAACAGUACCAGCAGCAGCAACAACCUCUGACACAACAGUACCAACAGCAGCAACAAACUCCGACGCAACAGUACCAACAGCAGCAGCAACAAACUCCGACGCAACAGUACCAACAGCAGCAGCAACAAACUCCAACGCAACAGUACCAUCAGCAGCAGCAACAAACUCCAACACAACAGUACCAGCAACAGCAGCAACAACCUCCGAUGCAACAAUAUCAGCACCAGCAACAAGAACAGCAGCUACAGUUAUGCCAGAAAAUGAAAUACAUGAAAGUUAAUGGACUGCUCACAAACUGGAACUCUGGCAAUAAGCGAUUAGCCAAUGGUCAGGAGAAGGAGUUUGGUUUCUCUGGCUUAGACAGCACAGCAACAGGGUUCCAGUAUAAAUCUGAACUUAAUGCUACCCCUCCAGCUUGUCAGCAAGACUUUAUAUUGUACCAGCAGGAAGCUGCUGUCCCAACUCAGCAUUCUAACUUCAUCCAAACAAAUAUGCCAGUUGGUGGCUUUCAUGCACCAAACUAUACCACAGUUAGUGGCUUGGAAGACUACCUGGACUCUGUGGAGCAACAUUCAGAAAUUCAGGAUUAUAGUGCAGUCAACCCAUUAAUUGACCUAAUGACACCACAGACAUGUUAUACAGGUGCCAUGUCAAUGAUCCCAUGUCUAACAGAAAAUGAUUUGCCCUGUACGGAUGCUGUGCAACUCAACCCUACAAGCUCAGGUCAACAGCCGUUUUUAACCAAGAUCCAGACUGGAUUUAAUGAUGGAAACAGUAAUGAAGUCUAUCCAAAUAUGUUCAAUAACGCAAAUUACGCACAUUUAGGCCCUCAGGUUCUGCACGAUCAUCCAAUAGAGCCUGGAACCUACUCCGAUCAGUCAUCCAGUGGCUUUAUGUAGAUGAGCAUAGAGAUUGCUGUCCUGUGAAAAGUGUGAAAGUGUUUUUGCGUUGCUUGCUGAAAGGACAGACAUUUGGAUGUACAAUGUGAAGGGACACAGAGCUUCUAAACUGAAAAAUUAUAAGGAGCAGGAGACUCAUUGCACUGUGCUGGACUUAAUUAUGGGCCCUACAGUCUUCAGAAACCAUAAUGCUGUUUUAUGGAUGGGGUUUGAGUCUGGCUUCUUGCACUCAGAGUGCAUAUGUAUUUUGUUAGAAUUUUUGUGUGAAAUAUGAAGUUCUUCCUUCACAGCAAAUGAGCUCUUUCAAAAUGUUCUAUUGAACUUGGGGUAAUAGAACCUGGCACAGAGUAUUAAUUUAAAACGAACCAACUUUUAUAUUAUCUGUAAAAGCAGGUUAUCCCAUUAAUUAAUAUCAAUAUAUUAAAAGUAAAAAGAUUAUGUUCAUAUUUUUAACCAGAUAUAAUUUUGCCAAGCGGAAAUGGUCUUUCCAAAAUUUUGUGUGCGAUAAGAUCUUGACACUCGUUUUUCCUUUUCAUCUUCCUACCGUAACUAUAAAUAUUAUGGCACUUUAAAGAAGUAGUAAUACAAUUACAGACUGCUGUACAGUACUGAACCCAUAAGAUAAUUUUUCUUCUGUAGAGCAGCUGACAGUAAAUACAAAAAGACAUUUGGUUAUAUUUAAGCAUUUUUGUCACAAAUUGAUAUGAAUCUAAAUAUUUGAACUAGCUCCCUGCCUUGGUGGCAGUGAUAAUUCAAGCUCAGAUUACUUUGAGUUUAACAUUUAACACCAUUUAUGGGCUUUUUCUAAAUGGUGGCCCACAAGCUCCCAUGUGAUAAUGGAACGUUGAAGCACCCUGUGUACUGUAGCAACUUCCCUAAAGGCUAAAUCAACAAAUUAUUUUUAGUAACAAAAAAGGUAUCCUACAGCUGCUGGAUAAGUAGAAUACAUAAUGGGGAACAUUGGAUUAAGUAGUUAAUUCUAGUUGCCAGAAAGACUUUUAUUAACAAUGUCAGUUAAUCAGAAUUAUUAAUUGUGAAGGUCUUUUACUCAAUAAAAGCAGGCGUCUGUUAGACCCCAUUUUAUAUCCUCCUUUUACAGUAAAUUGAUGUGACUUUUCUAUUGUGCAUUUUAGUUAAGAAUAAAAUAUUGUACCACUAAAA